UAAAAAAAUUAUAAUAACAGAUAAAAUAUCCAUUCGUUUUUAUUAGCAUUUUUGUUUCCUUCUCAAAACCCUAUUUUCUUUCAUCCCCACGAUCUCCACCUCUUCCACUUCUUCUCCUCCAAAAUCUCCAUGACUACUGUAUGUAUAAAAUCUCAAGAAUGGUCUUCUCAUCAUCAUACAUCGAUUACUCUCAGAAAUCAGUGACUUUUUCUCAUCCCAAAGAUAGAAUGCCGCUAGAAGUAACACCAGUUUCACAGCUUAAUUCCGACCUCUCAACAUGCAAAGUUAAAGUCCGGAUUGCUCGCGUCUGGGCAUACCAUAAAAAAGAUAGACCCAAAGAUAUUACGGGAAUAGACCUUCUCCUGGUGGAUGACAAGGGAGAUAGGAUACAAGCCUCCAUCAGAUCGCAAUUACUUACAAAAUUCCAGGGAAAACUAGAAGAGGGGAUUGCUACAUGAUUAUGAACUUUGAGAUUUUAGAUAAUGGAGGGAGUUAUAGAGCCAGUUCUCACCCCUACAAGAUCAACUUCAUGUCCAUGACACACGUCAAGAAAUGUGAGCAGAUUCCAAAUUUGGAAUUCCGUUUCAACUUCGUCCCUUUCUCUGAUAUACAAGGUCGGACUGACAAUGAGUUUGGAAUCAUACACAUUUUAAUUAAGGUCUUCCUUUCCC